AAUUAUUAUUUUUCGUUAUUAUGCAUUUACAACCUAUGACAAUUUCUAAUGAAUCCUUCUUUAUAACCACACUUGUAUUCAGUUCCCCAUUCUCCAAACUUGUCUCCAAUUCUCCAAUUUUUUUUUCUUUCUCUGCAAACCAACCAACCAACCAAUCAAACAAACAGAAAAAAAAAAUGGAGUCUGCAACAAGAAGAAGACAGCCCUGUGUUGUUGGCAACAACGAUGGUGUUGCCUCUCUGGCUGAAACUGAAACUUUAUUUUCUUCAAACAAUCACAACUCUUUAAUUUUUCGGAGGACUGGUUUGAAGAUUCUUUCUUUUGAUUCUUCAAUAUCAUCACCAAGAACAUUGCCUGCUGGCAGAAAAUUUUAUGAUACUAAAUUUGAACAACCCCAUUUCUUGGAAUCUUGUUUUCUUUGCAACAAACCACUUGCUCAUAACAGAGACAUCUUUAUGUACAGAGGGGAUAUUCCAUUCUGUAGUGAAGAGUGCAGGCAACAACAGAUAGAUAUAGAUGAGGUCAAGGAGAAAAAAAUCAAUCUUUCAGCUUCUACCAAGGCUUUGAGAAUAAAGGAGCAGACAAAAUCCAAUUCUCCCAGUAAGACUACACAUGAUUUCCCUUCACGCAGAGACAGUGUUGUUGCAGCUUGAAUAAUACUACUUAAUAAAAAAGGCAUUUAAAGCAUUCCGCGCUGCAGAAUCCGUCAUCGUUCCAUCAAUUAACUACAAGGUAGCAAAGUUAAGUACAAAAUAACAAAAAAUAGAAGAGCAUUUUUUUUUUAAUAAUAAAUAAUAAUGUGUAUAUUGAU